CCCACCCCGGGAGCUGCUGGCUGGGCCGAGGACAUGGCGGCUACUUGGGGCAACGGAGAACGUUGGACUGAAGGCCGUGCUGCCAUCUCUGAAGAAUAUUUAUUGAACGCCUCUAGUAACGCCCAGCUUUGCCUAUUGCUGGCCACAGAGACCAGCCCCUCUGAGGAAACCCUGCCAAAAGAAAUUGGGUCAUCUCUGAAUAUGUAGGUAAACAUCCCCCUUCUUGUCUCCUCCGAUGGGAGUGGGAGCCCUUGUUUUGUCCUUCCCGAGCGCUUAAUACAGUCCAGUGGGCGCUCGAUAACCGUCAUCACUGCCGUAACCGCCUUCGACAGUCGAAGAUCUGUAACGUGGGCUGCGUUUCCGGAAUUUUGGAAGCCCCGGUUUUCUCUGUAUUGUUUUCCAUCUUUUGCCGUGUGCCAUCAGAAAUCCUUCUCUCCCUUGAACCCGCUCCCAUUCAACUUAGAGUAAGUCCCCGGCCUGAUUUAGAGGAAGGGUCCCCGUGGGCUUUUGGCACAGCCCUCUGCCUUCAGACGAGUGAAUCUCGAAGUCUUGCCCCGACCCGGCGGCCCCGGUAGCCGCCUCUGUCUUCGCCGCCCAGACUGUCCGGCCGUUUUGGGGGACUCCCCGUGGGCCCGUCCGCCUCGCCGAACCCCCCAGGUCGUGGUUCUGUCAGAGACCUUCGCCCCGAUUCCCGGGCCGGUCUCCGUCCGCCGGACCGAGGGCCGACAGCCGGGCUGAACGGGGACGACUACUUUACAGCGUACCUGGAGGCGCUUCGGAGGAAUCGGUAUCCGGCGGGCGACCCCGGGGAGCGGGCCGACUGCUGUGCCUGCUGGGAGUGCAUGAGGGCCAAGAAGGAAAGGACCCCGGAGGGCGAGCGGAGGAGUCAAGCUCGGUCCGGGGAGGGGAGCGGGACCUACACGGAGGAGCAGCUUCGGGGGGUGCAGAGGAUAGAACAGUGCAGGAACUGCUAUGAGAUCCUGGGCAUCGACAGAGACGCCAGUGCCGAGGACCUGAAGAAAGCCUACCGGCGGCUAGCCCUGAAAUUUCACCCCGACAAGAACCAGGCUCCCGGAGCCACGGAAGCCUUCAAAGCCAUAGGCCACGCCUUCGCCGUGCUGAGCAAUCCUGACAGGAGACUCCGCUACGAUGGGUUCGGGAGCGAGCGAGAGCCCGUGGUCAUCCCCCAGAGGAGACCCUCGCGCUGCUACGAGGAGUUCGAGACGGACAUCACGCCCGAAGAGCUCUUCAACGUGUUCUUUGAAGGGAGCUUUCCCUCAGGAAAUAUCCACAUGUUUUCCAACGGCACCAGCGACGCCCACCAUUACCGUCAGAGGCAUCGCAACGAGAGGGUGCCGACCCAGGAGGAAGAGGAGGAAGAGAAGCCUCAGAACCCCUACUCCGUGUUCAUCCAGUUGCUGCCGGUUCUCGUGAUCGUGGCGAUAUCCGUGGUGACCCAGCUGGCGGCCACCACCCCGCCGUACAGCCUCUUUUACAAGGCGUCUCUGGGGCACACGGUUUCCAGGGAGACACAGACCCUGCAGGUGCCUUAUUUUGUGAAUAAGCACUUUGAAAAGGCCUACGAGGGAGCAUCUCUCCACGACCUGGAGAAGACGGUCGAAAAGGAUUACAUCGAUCACGUCCAGACCAGCUGCUGGAAGGAGAAGCAGCAAAAGUCCGACCUGAGCAACCUGGCCAAACUGUACCGGGACGAGCGGCUGAAGCAGAAGGCCGAGUCGUUGAAACUCGAAAACUGCGAGAAGCUGGCCCGUCUCCUCGGCGUCCCCAGGCAAGGCUGACCGUCCCCUCCCCUCACCUCCCCUCCCUCCCGCCUCCAAGGACUCGUGCACGCGCAGCUGUGACUGGGGGACCGGGGCGGGGCCCGGGCCCCGCUGGCCGAGGACUCGGGGCCGGUGCCACCCCGCCUCCAAACCCACCCUCCUCUCCCCAUUUCCGCUCCACCUCUGCUCCGUUCCUCCCCGGGGCGUCGGCGAUCUCAUUCUUCCAGAAUCCACGGGUCUCGGACCGCGAGCCCCAGGGAGAUCUGGCCCGAGCGGGCCGCUCCCCCUCCCCGACCACCUGGAGAUUUCAAAUUGGGACCCUCUGAAGGGGGCAGAGGGAAUCAAGGUCACAGAGGCUGCGAAGCCCCCGUUUUAGCCGAGAAUUUCAAACCCCAACGCACGCUCUUCAGACCCUUCUCGAGGCAGUUUCAGCCCGAGCCCGGAUGGAGCCGGCCCAGCCUCCUCCUCCUCCUCCUCCCCUGGGAGCGGGCGGUGAGCGUGGCCCAGCGCCGGGAAGCACGAGGCCUGGAUAAUCCACCCAUUGGGCCGCCGGCCCCCGGAUGAUCGGGAGUCGAUUCGCCCCGGGGUGGGGUGCAGCUUUCUCCCCCUCGCGACGGAGCGCCGUCCCGGGCGUAUCGUUCGACCUCGGCUCCUCCUUCCCCCGGACCACGGCCUCCUGGGUCCGUGCCCGCCGGGGACCCCGCCCCCCAGAUUCGGAACGUCUCCUCUGCCCUGUUAUUUUGCACUCGCAACCUCCUCAGAAGCGGAGAAGAGGCCAGAAAGGCAAAGUCCAAAAGCCCUACGUAGGGCCUCCCUACCCCAGGACCGACGGGCCGGGGGCCCAGCUCCCCGGGGGAGUUCAGCAAACCCAACUGGGCGGGGCCGGGAGGAGCCGGCCCCCCGCCCGGCUGACCUCUCGGCCCUCGGGAAGCGGUCGGUGGCUCGGCCAGGCAGGACGGGAGAUCGCCGGGGGCUGGGGGAGAAGGGGGAAUGGGCACGGCGGCCCCCCUCCGAGGGGGCACCGCGUUGGACCUCCGGCCCGCGGAGACACCUCCGAGAAACGGGGACGCGCCUCGCGUUCCGGGCCCGGCCGGGGUGAACCGAGGGCCAGGUCCCCCCGUCCCAAGCCCCCUCCCCGGCCACUGCCGCUCUCUUCAGGUGCGAAAGAGUGGUCCGGCCCCGUGUCUGUCCGCUUCCGGUUACUCGUGAAGGAUCGGGGCGCCAAGGCGGUUCCGCCCGGUUAAGUAUCGUUCGGCUGCUUCCCUUCGACGACCUCGACCACGCGUCCCCUCUGUCGCCCAAUAGAGCAAAACGUUCUCCUC